GCUGGAAACCCUGAGCUUCGAUAGAAUGCUUCAAUGAAAAUCGUCUCUAUAAGAUGUGUUUCAGGACGGGAUUAACAUUUUUUCUGCUGAUUUUGUUUUUUGCCAGCAUUAAAGCCAUAAAGGUCAUUGGUUGGGAUGUGACUGUAACAGCAGGAGAUGAUGCACAAUUAUUCUGUGAAGCGAUCGAGACAACAGAGCCUCUAACAACUAUUAGGUGGCAAAGACGAACAAAGAAAAGGCCAACGAAUACAGAUUUUCUGGUUAUCACUUCCACUGGCAAAGAAUAUAGAAAAAAACUUGGGGACCGUGUAAAAUUUGCAGGGAACUUAGCAGUACUGGACGGCUCAAUUCUUCUAAAUAAUGUUACUCUUUUAGACGAAGGAAUCUACACCUGCAUCUUCAGAGUAUUUCCAAGUGGACGAAAUGAAACAGAAAUUUGUCUCAGAGUACAAGUUCCUCCUGUUGUCACUGUGGGCAUUGAUGUUCCUGCUGUUGCUGGAGACACUGAAGGGAUUUUAGCGACCUGCACUGCAGCCAAUGCAAAGCCUGAAGCAGAAGUGUCAUGGAGUCUGGGUGCUUUAAACAACACAGUGAAAGUACAAAAUACUGUCACUGUGGACUCUGAAGAUAGAUACACUGUUAAAAGCAACCUGAUUGGAACUGCAUCUAAAGAUCUGAACCAGAAGAAGGUUCAGUGUGUAGUCACACACCCUGGUCUAAAGCAGAAACUGGAGCUGAAUUACACAUUGGAUAUUCACUAUCCUCCCCAGAAGGUUUAUAUUAGUUCAGCAGGUGAUAAAGGGGAAACCCGUGAAUUUCUGUGUGACACAGACGCUAAUCCAAAACCUACAAACUUUACCUGGGGCAGAUAUUUUCCAGUGAAAGAGACUCUUUCCAGUGGUGUUAAUAGCAGACUGAUUGUUCAGCUGACCCCUGGCAGUAAUGGACCUUACUAUUGUUUGGUGUCUAACCAAUACGGGGAAGCUGUUGGUUCCCUCUAUAUGCAUGUUCAAACAUCUACAGAAUCUAAAACCUGUUGGACUCUGUUCAUCCUGACCCUUGUUGCUGUUUGCUGUUUUCUCUUUUGGAAAUUUGAAUUGUUUCAGCGUGUUAAUAAAAUACUGAGGCGAUACCUGUGCGUGGGGAAUUUUCAGACCACAAAGAGGAGCAUCCAAAAUGGAGGAAGUAAUUAAAGCAAAAGGAACCACAACCAAGUAUUGAGUACAUACUGUAUACAGUAAAUGAACAUAUUUUCCAGAAUGGCAACAAUUCAAUGAAAAUGUUUUUUUAUUGGUCUUAUGAAGUAUUCUAAUUUUUUGAGCCAAAAUCAUCACAAUUUAAAGAACUAAAGACUUCAGUCUUUGUGUACUGAAUUUAUAUAAUAAACAAGUUUCACUAUUUAAGUUGAAUUACUGAAAUGAAUUUACUUCCACGACGUUCUAAUUUAUUGAGAUGCACCGUAUACGACGCGACUCUGUACACAACACAGGGGACACACUGGAAGCCUUGCUUUCCCAUUACAGAGCACAAUUGCACACACAAAUAAAUUAAAUAAAUAAAUUUGGAUACAAAUUUAUGUAUUUCAGAAAAGUCUGUUUCAUCAUUCAGAAUAUGUUUUUAUUACCUGAGAAGGUUUUAACUACUUAAAGUGUUCUCUGGAAAUUUGGACAUAAGAUGAAGAAGACAUUGAAUCAAGCUGGAUCCAGACAUUUAAUUGCACCAACAAAACAAAUCAAUUUAAAAAAAAAUACAUAACUGGCUGUUUAUAUAGUUUUCUUAUAUAGUUUAUACUUUCUUAUUAUUUUAUUCUUUUUUUAUUUUUGCUUUUUUUAUAUAUACU